AUGGGCAGCUGGAAGGCGAACGAUGCCUCGUUUGAUGAUCUGUUCGACGACGACGACGACGAUGUCCUCAUCAUACCUCCGGAAGACUCGAGCCUUCAAUCGUCGGUUGAUCCGAUCACACAUUCCCUUCAUUCGGAGGAGUCCUACUUGAUACUUGAAAACGGCGACUUUUUCGAUUAUGAGCCAUCCCCGCAGAAACAGAGAAGCCGAAGUGGCGGUGAUACAGAUUGCGAGGAGAAAGGCGAGGGAGUGAUCGCCAUGACUACCACGGGGGCCCAAUAUGCUCUGUCAGCAUCCACUGGAACUGCCAAUGGCGGGGGUAACUCAGCAGUGGGAGUCGACAGCACCAAGUCAAGCGUCGUCGUUGUUACCACCUCGAAUUCAAAUGGCAACGGCAACGCACCACAGUCACAAGCUGCGAGGGGCCAACAGCUAAUAACUGUAGUCACCGGUGACCCAUCCAGUCCAAAUAACUUGCAACCCAUACAGUUGUUGGUUCAAGACUCGCUGGACGCAGCCGCUGAUUCGUCGAAUGGAUCAUCGGGCCCACAGGCCCACGUGACUGCCCAAGUUGUGGUCAAUACGACGCACACUGGUCAACAUACCCUCGUGGAUUCGGAUAUUGCAUCGACCUCGGCUGGACACACAAUCGUCAGUGGCUCGCCUCACUACAUCACCGUGACGGUGCCAGGCGACGCAGACGCCGUGGGGUCCGACUCAGUUACUCAUCCCACGUAUGUUCAAUAUGUCGAGGGCGAUGGAUCCACGUACAUACCGGCGAAUGGACAGAUGACGUAUCCUGUGUACGCGGUUGGCGAGGCCGGGACAAUGUACACUUCCGCCUCGAACCAAUACUACACUUCGACUUCCACACCUGUAACUUACGCCCAGGUAACCGGCUCGAGUACAACGGCGGGACAGCUAUUAUCCCAAGGCAAUGGGACUUACUUGAUCCAACAGAGCGUCGUGGAUGGCGAUCCCACGACGCACACCCUCAUAACUGCCUCAGCAGCUCGUGCAAGUCCGCAAACCGAAAGUGCCGAAGCUGUUGUUAGUGGGGGUGGGGCGUACUUGAUUAGCGGCAACUCGGCGAGUGGCCCGGUCAACGUGGAAGACGCUGCUACCGCCGCGGCUAACAUGACGCAUGCCACUAGAGUCUCCCAGGCCACCGUGCAAUGGUUGCUGGAGAAUUACGAAACAGCCGACGGAGUGUCGUUACCCAGAUCAACGCUCUACAAUCACUACCUCCGGCAUUGCUCGGACAACAAGUUAGACCCCGUGAACGCAGCUAGCUUCGGAAAACUCAUUAGAUCUGUAUUUUUGGGUCUGCGCACGCGACGACUCGGAACUCGGGGCAACUCGAAGUAUCAUUACUACGGUAUACGAGUGAAGCCGAACUCGCCUUUGGUGAUGUUGAACGAGGACGGCACGUCGAGGCAGCAAACAUCGUCAAACUCACAGUCCAACAAGCGCGUGAAAUUCGUGAAUCAAAAGCAAACGGAAACGUCGUACGAGUCGACAAACGCACAGUCGCAAAACAACGCCAACGUGACGUCCAAUGCCUCGCCGCCGCAGUACCAUCAGUACUUGGGCGAGGCGAGUUGCGCGAUACCCGAGUUUCCCGAAAUCGAGGUCAGCCACAGCUCGUCCCUGCCCGUCGAUUGCACUUUGGAGGACAUCGACACCUUCCGAAGUAUAUACCGAGAGCACUGCGAGGCUUUCCUCGACGCGGUGCUUAAUUUCGAGUUCGCCACCAUCGAGAGCCUGUGGCGCGAGUUCUGGCGCAGCCAGGACAACAACAACGGCGACGAGUGCGAGGAAGAAAAAUACUUGUCCAAAACAAAGCUUUACCAAAUUUGCAAAUGCGCCGAAGUUCAAGACUUCAUCAAACGAGUCGACUUUACGUUUUACCAAAAUCUCGUCGAGGUGUUGAUGCCCGAUGUUCUGAGGCCUAUACCAAGUCCUUUAACGCAAUCUAUAAGAAACUUUGCUAAAGGCUUGGAGUCCUGGUUAACUUCAGCUAUGAAUGACUGUCCCGAAGAAAUGACUCAAAUCAAAUUGACAGCCGUAUCCGCGUUUGCUCAGACUUUAAGAAGAUACACAUCACUUAAUCAUUUGGCACAGGCAGCUAGAGCCGUGCUUCAAAAUAAUAAUCAAAUCAAUCAAAUGUUGGCAGAUUUGAAUCGUGUAGAUUUUCAUAACGUUCAGGAACAGGCUUCCUGGGUUUGUCAGUGCGAUUACAGUGUUGUCCAGCAAUUGGAAGCGGAUUUCAAAGUUACGUUGCAGCAGCAAAAUUCGUUAGAACAGUGGGCCGUAUGGUUGAAAGGCGUCGUAACGCAAGUUUUACAGCCUUACGAGGGCAAACCUACGUUUGCCAAAGCCGCACGACAGUUCCUGCUUAAGUGGUCUUUUUACAGUUCAAUGGUUAUAAGGGAUUUAACUUUAAGAAGUGCCGCAAGUUUUGGAUCUUUUCAUCUUAUACGCUUACUUUAUGAUGAGUACAUGUUUUACUUGAUCGAACAUCAAGUAGCCAUUUCCACAGGUACCACACCAAUCGCUGUUAUGGGAGAUAAGAGUCAAAACUGUUCCAUGAUUAACGUAUUUGGAUCUAAUGGAGAUGCAUCAAAUAUCUGUCCAUCGAAACGUGUAAAGCUGAGCUAACUGUGUAUUUGGGCCCAAUGAAAUCAUCCAAAAACUAGUAGGCGUAAAGAAAAUGUUUGCUAAGCAAAGUGUAUAUUUAAUAAGAAGAUGAACUGGCCUACCAAAACAAACUAGUCUCUUAAAUUAGUUUUAUAUUUAAAGAAAAAGAAAAAAAAGAAGGAAACAAAA